GUGUGGCGACACGGUGAUCGUUCGCCACUAGAAAUCUGUCCAACAGAUCCAAUUCGAGAAGAUGAUUGGGCACUUGGUGGAGAAGGAUUCGGACAACUUACACCGCUGGGAAUGGCACAGCAUUUGAAAUUUGGAAAGCUUCUUCGAAAACGAUAUGUUGAGACCGGCUUUUUAAGCAAGAAGUAUUCAUCUAAAGAGAUUUAUAUCCUAUCGACAGAUGUGAAUAGGACGAUUAUUUCGGCGAUGUCAAAUAUGCUGGGUAUGUACGGUCAGCCCGAUGGCUCCAGUCGGGCUGAAGUUGACUAUCCGAAUGAGACCGGAUGGCCGGUCGGAUAUGUGCCAAUCCCUGUACACACCAUACAUUUCAACACUAGCCACGUAUGCCACUCAUUUUGCAUUUAUUAA